GACAAAGCUGCCAUUUACUAAAGAGAUGUGUGAGGCUGACACGACAGUCAUGGAGAUAAUAACUGUAAGUAUUAAGAAAGAAGACUGUAAAUGGGAGAGCAUCCACACUAAACAAGAGUGUCUCUGCAUUGAUGAUGAGGAUUGCGAACUGGGGUCAGUGGACAUUAAAGAAGAGGCUAAGGAAAAGUCUGUCACCAUUGAGUUGUGCAAACGUACAAGUAUGGAGAGGGUCAAAGAAGACGACCUUCCUUUUGGAUUUCCAGAUGGAGUGAUGACCGGCAAACACUGUUCAUCUCCGGAACCUUCUAUCAAUGUGAAAUCUGAAUUGGUUCAAUCGGACACAAAGAAGACUGGAGAAGUUUCUUCUUUUAGAACUUUGAAAGAUCAGCCACCAUCUACAAAUAAGUCUGUAAAAAAAGAAAAACAUCACCGCUGUCCUCAAUGUGGCAAACGAUUCUAUGACAGAAGCACUCUGCGGAGACACAUAAGAAUUCACACAGGAGAGAAGCCAUACUGCUGUAAAGAAUGUGGUAAAGAGUUUUCUCAAGGCAGCCACUUUCAGAGCCACAAAAGAAUUCAUACAGGAGAACCCUGUGAAAAGAUAUAUAGUUGUUUGGAAUGUGGCAAACAUUUUUCAAAAAGUAGCCACCUACAGAGACACACUAGAAUUCAUACUGGAGAGAAGCCAUUUCGCUGUUCUGAAUGUGGCAAACGAUUCUCAAACAACACCAGUCUUCAUAGCCACAACAGACUUCACACGGGAGAGAAGCCAUAUGCCUGUUCUGAAUGUGGCAGACACUUCAGCUACAGAAAUAAACUGCAGAGACACACUAGAAUUCACACUGGAGAGAAACCAUACUGCUGUUUGCAAUGUGGCAAAUACUUCUGUGACAGUACUAGUCUUCAGAGACAUGCUAGAAUCCACACUGGAGAAAAGCCAUAUUGCUGUUCUGAAUGUGGUAAAAAGUUUUCUCAAAGGACCAGUCUUCAGAACCACAAAAGAGUUCACACAGGAGAGAAGCCAUAUUGCUGUUCUGAAUGUGGCAAAGGAUUCUGUCGAAGGAGUCAUUUUACAAGGCACAUGAGAAUUCAUACCAAAGAGAAGCCAUAUUGCUGUUCAGAAUGUGGGAAACAAUUUUUGAGAGUGAGCUAUCUUCAGAGCCACCAAAGAAUUCACACAGGAGAGAAGCCAUUUUCCUGUUCUGAAUGUGACAAACAAUUUCUGCAUAUGAGCAGUCUUAAGAGACACUCAACAUUUCACACUGGAGACAAGACAUUUUGCUGUUCUGAAUGUGGUAAACAAUUUACACAAAUGGGUAGUCUUAAGAGACACUCCACAGUUCACACAGGAGAGAAGCCAUAUUGCUGCUCUGAAUGUGGGAAACGAUUUACGCAGUUGAGCAGUCUUAAGAAACACUCAACAGUGCACAGAGGAGAGAACAAGGCAGCCUUGAAGGAGUAAGUUGGCUGGUGGAGAAAAGAGUGAAAUGUAAUCCACCUAACUACUCAUCAAGUCUUGAUGAAUACCUUUAUGUGGGGGUGGGUGCGUUGUAUAAGAUCUAUAUCAUAUCUCGUCAUGGACAAACUACUUUUAUAGUAGGAAGAGGAUCUAAAAGAGUAAUUCAUACUGGCUGCUUAUUACCCAUGUGAAAAGGGUGACCUGCCUCAGCCCUAGAGUAGUCGAUUGUGAGAGGGAAAGUGCAAUGUCUUCAAAUGAAGAGAACAAGACUGCCAAUGUGACAGUCCACAUGGACAGCAUUGCUGGCCCCACCACAGUAAAUGGGUGAGAACACAUUAGUCACAUGGGGGGAAAAGUUAAGAGGGCUGUACACAGUCCUGCAGUCAAUUAUGGAUGAAGAAGAGAUUGUGUACUUCUGUUUUUAUACAACAAGUCCAAAUAAAGGUAAAACAAAUCAAACACUUCCAAUGAACUGUCACCCAAACUCAAAAAUGAUUGAUGUAAGUAAAGGGAAUACAAGUAAGAAUGCAGUAAAGACCCCUCAACAGAGGACAAAGAAAUCAAGUAAAUUAAAGAAAAGCCACUGGAAGUGAUCUAUAUAGACAACUACACAGACGUCCAAAGAGGAGAGAAGUUAUGGAGAAUAUCAUUAAACAAUACAACAUACAGUAUUAUAGCCAAGGUCAACAAGUCCACAAGUUAAAUAAAGCAAAGCCAACAGCAUAUGAUGGAUGUAACAGUCGACAGGAUCAGAACUGAGCAUCAAAGCUCAUCGCUUGUCAACCAACAAAGCAUAAGAAAAUCAGAUGAAGGCGAAACAGACAAAGCAGCAGUUGACCGUGGAUGAAACAAAUGAAAGAAAAUAAAGCAGCAUUAAUCCUGGCCAACGUGAAAGUCCACAACGAAAUAUAUGUCAAAAUACGAAGAUGUGAACUUCACAAUGGCAAGUGGGAUACUCAAGUUAAGAAAAUGCAAACAAAAGCACAAAGAGAAGAUGGAAAACACGAUUCUUCAGGGAAGUAACUACGGUACACCAACAGACAAGGAAGAAGUUGGGAUAUUUUGGAGAAGCAUAUAUGAGGAUGCUCGGGAAUAAAAAAAAUGAAGCAGAUUGGUUAAAAAGCAAAGUACGGACAGAUGUAGAAAACAAUGAGAUUAAUGAGAUAAAAAUGAGCCAAGGUAGCAAUCAAAGAAACAGAAACCAAGCAGCUUAAGACAUCCAGUCCAGACGGCAUACCCAACUUCUGGUGAAAAGAACUAAAGGCACUGCACCAGGAUACGGCCGAGUGUAAAGACAUGUU